ACGUUGUGGGUAAUCAUAUGUGAGGGGGUUUCACCGAUCAGCUGGUUUUUGCCGCGAAAUUUGCACGUUUUCCGGUGAGAGAACGUCAACUUCCGGUAUUUUAAACCAUCCCACAAGACCUCGCGGUAUCGUGCGAUCCAACAUGGCCGCUACCGGCUAAAAAUAAUCUUUCCCUCGUGUCGUCAGUGUUUUAUUUCCAAAUUUAGCACCCUAGGAGCUUUUGUGGAGGUGGACGUGGACCUGACAAGAAAGAUGGCUCACCAGAGAAGUAAAAGAUCGAAAGGAGCGUUUUUCGAAGACGAUGAGGAAGACUUUAGGAGUGGGAGGGGCGAGAACGAAAUGAAUGAAAAUAUUGACAUGAGUAAGUUAUGGAGGAACCCUGACGCAGUGUUUCCCAAGCCCGGCCCUCCGCGCAGGCACAGUUUUGAGGAGGACGCCACGUUGCAUGGGGAGGGCGGGGACCGGUAUCGGCGCAGCAGUGGCCGGAGCGCCGAGGUGAGCGCGGCGGCAGAGGCCGCGGAGGCCAGGGCACAGGGCCGCGCUCCCCCUCGGAGGCCCAGCCGGUCAUCAGAAGACCCAGAAGACCAGGACAGACAGGCGGUCAGGGGAAGGCCCGGGCUGACCAGGCAGUCUAGCCAGACUGGACGGAAGGGGAGCCAGAAUGAUGCCAACCUGGGGAGGCCCUGGGGACUGCCCCGGACAGACAAGGGAAAGCCACAGCAGACGAUGGGUCCAUCUGAUCCUAACGCCACCCUGGGGGAGAUCAUCUUCAGCUCACUGUUGGCUAUCGACCUGACCCUGUCCAAGUGUAUAAGUGUUGUUGCGAAUCGCUCGGACAGUAACCUGCGGCACAUCCUGAUCUUCCUGGAGUUCUCGUGUCACGGGGUGCCGUGGAUCGCCGGUACUCUCUUCAUGCUGUACAAAAGCACAACCAUCCUGCAGGUCCAGAAACUGGUCAACCUCUUCGCAGCUCUGAUUCUCGACCUUUUCAUCGUGGGAACCAUGAAGGCGAUGGUGAAACGUAAGCGGCCGCCGUACAACCCCGUCGACCCGUUCGAUUCCGUCACCCUGUCCGUCGACAAGUUUUCCUUCCCGUCUGGCCACGCCACGCGGUCGGCAAUGGUGGUAUCCUUUCUCAUCGGCAAUUGGUGGAUGCCGAUGGCCAUAAAACACUUCCUCGUUCUGUGGGCGUUCGCGAUCGCCAUGUCGAGGGUCAUGUUAGGAAGACACCACGUCAGCGACGUUGUUACGGGGGUUGUGAUUGGUCUGGUGCAGUACCGAAUCGUCAGCUUCUUCUGGUUCUCCCCGUGGUUUUGCCAGAUGCUGGUGUGGCCUUUUCUUGGGACAUUAAAGAGUCCGAUUGAACUUUAACUCAUAAUCUAUGGAAAAAUAUGAGUCAAAUUUGUGAUGGUUGAAGACACCCCUCCGGAUAUGUACUUUGGUACGAUCUGUCACCAACAAAUGGUACAAUAGGUAGAUCCAUGAUUGUGGGAAGUGUUGGGAAAGGAACAAGGUAAUUGGAAGUAUAGGAAUGGUGAGCACUGUUUACAGAUCAUCAGUUAGAACACCUAAUGUUUUACACUGAUAAUGCAAACAGCUCACAAUAAACAGAAUGUUGAGUGUUGAAGACGAAAUUUACUGAAGGAGAGAGAUGAGCACAAUCAUGUUAUGAUCAUGUUAAGAGUUUUAUGACUGAAAAUAAUUGAUUAUGAAGGAGUUGAAAAUUACCAAAGACACCUGUUGAAAGUCAUCUCUGAUUUAUUUGUAGUGCAACCCCCAACUACUUUAGUGAUCACAAUUUUUUAAUGAAAAUGAAGAUUACUGCCCAUAUGAAGCUACCACUUCCAGGUAUGGAAUUAUUUUGAUGGCUGAAAUGUGGGUUUGUGUAUCUGUUUGACCAGAC